CACUCCGGUCGAAGUCCAAUCCCUUCCUCCUCCCUCUUCACCACCCUGCUCUUGGAGUCCCGCAGAGGCUGCAGCUUGAAACCUCUCUGGGUUUGUCAGAGCGGGAGAACCACAGAGGGAGGCGGAAAGGAAGGAACGGGUGGGGGAAAAAGGUGCUCGCCAGAGACCGCAACAGCCACAGCAGCUGGAAGUGGACCUGAAGGCAGAAGCAGGCUGUUAGCGCUCGGGCAAAGUUGGGCGCGCGUUUGCGCGAACUCUGAACCCACGGGGAGGCGAAGCAGCAGGGGUUGAAGAGGCAGUGGCGACCCCUGAACGGCUCCCAGAGCCAGGGGAGGCCCCUUGAGAUGAAGAUGAGUGCGCCCUGGACCCGCUUCUAUUCCAACAGCUGCUGCCUAUGUUGCCAUGUCCGCACCGGCACCAUCCUACUGGGCAUCUGGUACUUGAUCAUCAAUGCUGUGGUACUUCUGAUCCUAUUAAGCGCCAUGGCGGAUCCAGAUCAGUAUCACUUAACCAGUUCUGAACUAGGAGGCGACUUUGAAUUCAUGGAUGAUGCCAACAUGUGUAUUGCAACUGCAAUUUCCUUUCUCAUGAUCUUGAUCUGUGCAAUGGCAACCUAUGGUGCAUACAAGCAACAUGCUGCCUGGAUCAUUCCAUUCUUCUGCUAUCAAAUUUUUGAUUUUGCCCUCAGCACACUGGUGGCGAUCAGUGUGCUUGUUUAUCCUAGCUCAAUCCAGGAAUAUAUACGACAGCUGCCUCCUCAUUUUCCAUACAAGGAAGAUAUCAUGUCAGUGAAUCCUACCUGUCUAGUCCUUAUUAUUCUUGUCUUUAUCAGCAUUGUCUUGGCUUUUAAGGGUUACCUGAUCAGCUGUGUUUGGAACUGUUAUCGAUACAUCAUUGGCCGAAACUCCUCUGAUAUUCUGGUUUAUAUAACCACCAAUGAUACUACAGUGCUGUUACCACCCUAUGAUGACACAACUACAGCCUCGACAGCAACUGCAGUGGGUGUAGGAGCAGGGGCAGGGGGAGGUAUGGGUAUGAAUGUGGGUGCCGAUGCAAGCGGGGGUGCAGCUGCAAGUAAGGAUCCCCCUCCACCUUAUGUAUCUGCCUAAGCCAAAAGAUGAAAGGGCCCUGGGAAUAACAACUGUCCUCAGACAUGUGAGAAUAGUUCGUUCCUUUGGAGAUGGGCCCUCUAAUGUUGCCCAUCUUCUUGUCUGUUGCUGACUUCCUAUGAUUUUCAAACCCUGAUAUCAUGUUAAAAAUUUAUUAUCCAUAAUUUCCAAAAUCUGCUUCAGUUACAUCUUCUACCUGAUGGGCUUCAGAAUUUUUGCAUUUGUGCUAAGCCAAUAAUAGCUUCAAUAACAGACAAAAAAAAAAGACUUUUAUAUUUAAUAUUUGGGAACCGGCCUUGAGUAUGGGAGCAGUUUCAUUUGGUCCCCAUGGAAGUCCCAUAUCAGGUAGAGGUGGUAGAAAUCUUUUGUCUUUGUGCUCUUUAACAUUUGAAAAAAUAAAUAUUUGAAAAAAAUUGAAAAUAAAAAUUUAAAUUUAAAUUAGGAACAGACAAGGGUUUUCACCUCCCUCCUAAUUCUGUUGUGCAGGAUGAGUUUGGUAGGACUGAUACUAGCUAAAGCAUUUGGCGAAUGGCAUAGCCAUUUCAACUAUCCUAGGUGUUCACUGAAGAAUCCUUUGUAGGACUUAAAAGAAUUUAUGCUCCACUUUCAACCCUUGAUUCCUGGGCAAAGGUCACUCGUGUCUUUUAAAACUCACUCAAUUUUCAAUUCCAUAAAUAUAAAUUUUCUAUAGAAAAAUGCUCCUCAAAACAAUGAGAUGUUCUCAAAUUCAUGGUUCCUGCUCUAAUCCAAGCUGUGCACUUGAAAAUGGACUAGAGCUUCAUCAAUCACCUAUCAUUGACUCAUCAACUUUCCAAGCACUUGGAAGGAGUCUCUCAUAGUUCCCUUCUCAAAUUGAAUAAAGAUGAAAAAUCUUACAUAUUUAAGAGGUUAAAAUCAAGGAUGAUAUUUUUGCCUCAUGUUUAGAAUUUCAAGUCACCCUCUCGAUUCUUGAUCUUCUCUCAAGAGACUCCUGGGUGAACCUAAAACAUAAACAAUAGAACAGGUAGGUUUUGUACAUAGUAAGUUUGUAAAUUUUACAUUAGUUAGGGAAGAAGGCAGAGAAUUACUUCAUGUUCUCUGCAUCUGUUUUCUCACUUAUAAAAUGACAGAAAAUGUUGAACUCCAUAUUUAAUAUUGCAUUAGCUCUCAAAUGUAUAUGAUUCUGAUUUCUCAGACCCUAGCAGUUCCUGUUUCAGCUUUCAGCAUCCUUGCUUUCUGUCUUCCUUGAUUCUUAAGUCCUCUAUUCAAGUAGUCAUUUGUCAUAUUACUCAUUGGAAAGGCUAGCAGGAUGUAUUCUGCUCCCCAUUCCUUCUGCCUCUUUCACUUUAUCCCAUGACCUUCUAUAAUAUAUCUUGAACUCUAUCCAUCUUGAUUUCAUGGCUGUGCUCUUUGAGCAUCCCCAAAUAGUCUCAUUCAUUUGACCAUUUCUGAUGGGCACCCCUUCUGUGGACAGAAAAGUACAACAUCCCUAGGCCCAAUUACAGAAGGUCAAGUAAGCAGGACGGAGGGGGAAUGGGGAGAGCAGGGCAAGGGGGACAAUACCCAUGUAAGUGAGGAGGGCAAGGGUCAAUGCCAUCUGUUUCCUAUAUAUUGCUAAAUAGACAGGGCAGUGGUAUAGCUAGAGUAAGGGUCUAUGAUUUGCUUGAGCACUAACAAAUCUGGUUAGCAUGGUUUCUAUUUAGCACGUCCUGGAAUUUUAUAAAACCAUUUGCAAAUGUUUUUUGGUGUUUAGAGCAGCUUGGUGGGAGAGAAGGAUCAUUAUCCUACUCAAAAGCAAGAAUCCUGGAAAAGAUUUCAAAGAAUUCUUGGUAAAAGGAAAUAAGUUUAGUAAAUCUGAUGGAAAAAAAUCUUUCUGGGCAGAGGAAGCUUGUGGAGGUUUUAUGAGUGAGAAAGUUGGCCAGAAUGGGGAAGAAGGGAGGAGAGUAAAAAUAAAGAGUUUAGAAUAGAUAGAUCAAUGGAACUGAGUCAGUUGAGAGAGUAAAAGACAAGUGUCUAUGGGAGACUGAAGAUAAUAGGAACUUUUCCUUGGAGUUGGGGAAGGAGGUGAAGAUGAGGGAAACAUGAGGCUGAGAGAGGAGCACAUCACCAAGAAAAUAUUUGAUAGGUUGCUUGCUCUCCAAAGAUUGGAAAUGUUUUUGGUGGCAUAAGCCAGUCCCCAACUCCCUGCAUCUACCAGUCAGGGCUAGGUCUUGUUAUUUGAUCUCACCAAAAUUAUCCCAGGCCCUCUUAGGGAAGUGGUCAAGACAAGUCUCUGAGGCAUGUAGAUAGAUAUUAACAGAGACCUUCAAACUUAUUCUUUCUCUCUCCAUCCAAGCAAGCAUUCCUUUUUUGAUUUUUGGGAUGCUGAACAAUCUUCUGACAUAUAAAGCAAACCCCAAAUCCCUUUGAAGGUGAAUAAAUUCCACUUUUCUUACAGGGUAUUAUUCUUUAUUUGAAAGUCAGUAACUCUAUUAUUUGUUCAUUGCUAAAUGUACUCCAUGUGAAAACUUCCUGCAAUUAAAAGUGAUAUGUCCUCAUGUCUAAGAAAAUAGCCUUUGGAAACUCUGGGCAUGCUGCCCCAUGGACCAUCCCCUCCCUAAUAUUGUCAUGCAAAAGUCACACGAUUUCCACGUGAAUGAAAAAUAAAUGUCAUAUUUGUUCCAUG